AAGAAACGGUUGGUCCAAAAGCCAUGGAAAUUCCAUUGCAAAUGCAAAAUCUCUCUUCUUUUCGUUCCUCUGUGUCUUUGUUUCUGACUCUGGUAGGCCCUUCAUACUCUUUUCCCAGCCAGCCUUAUUAAAUUAGAGAUGUUCCAUGAUGUUGAUGUUUUCAGUCUCGGGUUUGGUAUCUUAUUGAUACGACCAAGACACCCUUAUUCACCUAACAACUCUUCGAGUUGAGAAUUAAAGUUGAGACAAUGAAGCCAUAAUCAUCAUAGCAUAUGGAGAAAAGGAAGGUGAAAAGAGUAAAAGAAGGUUAUCGACGGAGUCACUUCACCUAUCCUUUAUUGACGGUUAUUUUCAUUCAAAGCGUUUUAAGAGUGCACAGGCACAGACAAGCUGUGAGGCUAUAUUCUGCACUCUAUAAUGGCUUCCCGUCGAUCAUGCAUCUUCUUCCUCCUUGCCUUCGUUCUGUCUGUGUUAAUGCCUCAAUCAAGUGCUCAGAACGUUACCCUUUCUCUCUACUAUGAGACCCUUUGUCCUUCCUGUGCAGACUUCAUAGUGAAUCAUCUGGUCAAGCUUUUUGACAAUGGUCUCAUCUCCAUUGUCAAUCUCAGGAUGGUUCCAUGGGGCAAUGCACAGAUUGAACCUGGCGGUGCCUUCCUUUGCCAGCAUGGUCCGGAUGAGUGUGCUCUGAAUACUAUUGAGGCAUGCACAAUCACAAUCUACCCUGAUCCAGAGAAGCAUUUCAGAUUUAUUCACUGUGUGGAGGGUCUUGCUUUGGAGAAUAAACUCAAUGUAUGGAUCAGUUGUUUUGAUAAGACAGGGAUAGCCCAGGUCCCCAUCGAUUGCUAUAGAAAUGGAUAUGGAAUAGAGAUAGAGCAAAAUUAUGCUGCAGAAACUGCUCAGCUUAAUCCACCGCAUAGAUUUGUACCAUGGGUGGUUGUGGAUGAUCAACCACUACAGGAGGAUUAUCAGAACUUCACCAACCAUGUCUGCAAGGCUUACAGAGGCAAUCAGGUUCCUGAGGUCUGCCAGUCACUUCCACUGGGGAAGAAGUUGUUGCCAAAGGAAAAUUCUAUUAGUGCUGUUAUUGAAGGAAAAAACUAGAAUGAAAUCCUUUGCACCGUUGAUGGAUCAUGGCUGGCAUAGAAUUGCUAACCCGUAGAGGUUCAGUUUGGCUUGUCUUGUUUUUGGAGUACCUACUGUAGGAUUUGAUCUUUUGCUAAAAUAGUCUUGCGUAGAGCAGGGUGCUUCUGCUUUAUGAUGCUUCUGUGUUUUUGCAAACAUUUGAAUUGAUAUGUACACUCUUCAGAAUCUUCACAUCUAAAUGUAAUAAGCAAUCUCUCAGCAA